AUGCGUCUCACUACAAUGAUCACAACACUGUUCCUCGCGAUCCAGUCUGCCUAUACCUUUCCAACCGGCGAAACUCUCGUCACAAUCAACCUCUUCGGCCGCAGCCGCACCUGUGGCGGUGCGCCCACUACCCUGAACCUCGUGGCCGGCGUCUGUUACUCGAUUGCCGGCAAUAACAGUCUUCGUGUCAUUGAACACAAGGCUGGGCUGUUCUACAACUCUCUGCAUGUGUACCCGAGCGCCAAGUGCAAUGUGGCUUGGACGCUGCAGCCUCUUCAGGACAACUGCUCGGAUGUCAGCGCGUACGAGAGUAUUAUGGUUGUUACUUAG